GCUGUGUAGCGUACUUCAUUGUAGUGAAGCAUCGUGAAACGUGAUCAGCUGUCUGCUACAUUUGUUGAACUAUUGUACAUAAUCUUUGUUACUUAAAAGUAUUUGAUAAGUUAUUCAAUCGAGUGAAUUAAAGAUUCUUUGUGUUAGAAUCAUAUUUUUAUUAAAACUAUUACAAAAUGGUAAGUAAAGAAGACUUUGGUUUAUUGAGGUUAUAUUCAACGUCAGCGAUUCCAAAUAAGGAAUGCUAAGUUAUGCAAGAAAAUAGAUAUGAAACUAAUAAAAAUCAAGAUCCAAAUGAGGAUACACAGUGGAAUGACAUCCUUAGGAGCAAAGGAAUUAUACCGCCAAAAGAGAAGGAAGUUACGGAAGACCAGCUAGUGGAUAUCGUGGAAAAUACUAUAAACGAAAAGACUGGGCGUGUUGUUAACGACUUGGAAUCAAAGACAUUGGACGAACUGGAUGAGUUGGAAGAUGAAGAAGAUGAAAAGGUUUUGUUGGAAUAUCGACAGAAGAGGAUAGCAGAACUAAAGGAACUGGCUAACAAAGCUAAAUAUGGAGAAGUGAAGGAAAUUUCAGGAGAAGAUUAUGUUCAGGAAGUUAAUAAUGCUGGAGAAGAUAUUUGGGUCGUACUUCACUUAUAUAAAACUGGCAUCCCACUUUGCACAUUAAUUAAUCAGUAUUUGAGUAGCUUAGCAAGAAAGUUUCCUAUGACAAAAUUCUUGAAAAGCAUAUCUACUACAUGUAUUCCUAACUGGCCAGAUAGUAAUCUUCCUACAAUUUUCAUUUACCAUAGUGGAAACAUGGUAAAACAGUUUAUUGGGCCCAUAGAAUUAAGAGGCAUGAAGCUAACAGAAGCAGAAUUAGAGUGGAUGUUAGGUCAGGUGGAGGCUGUGCCAACAAAAAUUACUGAAGACCCAAAACCAAAAGUUAGAGACGUAUUGUUUUCUACGUUAAGGCCUCAAAAAGAUGACUUGGAAGACAGUAACGAUUGGUAAUUUCAUUUGUUAGGCACUUUGAGAAACCAAAUCAAUAUUUAAAUAUCACAAUGCACAGAGCAUUUUAUUUAUUUUAUCAUUAUUGUCACAUGUACACACAAAUGCACACAUGCAUACAAAUGAUUUUGUUAUUUUAAAAAUUUUAUUACUACCUCUGGUCACUUUAUUAUUACAAUAAAAUAUUUUAUUAUAUUA